AUGUUUGACUGGCGACCAUUCGUGUUCGGUGGUCUCGCCUCGAGUGUUGCUGAGUUGGUAACUUAUCCGCUUGACCUGACAAAGACCCGCCUGCAAAUUCAAGGGCAAAUUUUCGAUAAUUCUAGUCAGCAGGUGAAAUAUGCACAGAAGAAGUACACGAAUAUGUUCCAAGCAGUUUUUCGGAUCAGCCAAGAAGAAGGGUUUCGAAUGCUUUAUUCCGGUGUUUCAGCUGCUUUGCUACGUCAAGCGACCUACGGAACAAUCAAAAUUGGCAUCUAUCAAAAAAUCAAACGAAUCUUUGCUGAAGACAUUCAACACGAAAAACUUUAUAUCAAUGUUUUAAACGGUAUGUUAUCUGGUUCAGUAUCGAACGCCAUCGCGAAUCCAACUGAUUUAUUAAAAAUUCGAAUGCAAGCUCAUCACCCAAGUGUUCACGGUAAACGACUCUUUCCUGCGAUGAUUUCCAUUGCAAAAAAGGAAGGAUUUACCGGUCUUUGGAGUGGUGUAUUACCCACAGCUCAACGAGCAGCGAUUGUCUGCGGCGUCGAGUUAGCUGUAUAUGAUUGGGUGAAGAAACAAUUAAUAUGUCGAUACAAAAGUACAGAUACGAUUGGAACACAUUUUCUCUCAUCGUUCACAGCUGGUUUUGCGGGCGCACUUGCAAGUACACCUAUCGAUGUUGUACGAACACGAUUGAUGAAUCAGGAAAAUGUAACUCGGCGUUCGAAUAUAACAGCAACACCUUAUGGAGGAAUUAUCGAUUGUUUUGUCAAAACAAUUAAAAAUGAAGGCUUUCUCGCCUUAUAUAAAGGUUUCUUUCCUUCAUGGCUUCGAUUAGGUCCUUGGAACAUCGUUUUCUUCAUUGUUUUCGAACAAUUGAAAAAAUUGAACAAAACUUAG